UUCGCCUGCCUCGGCCUCCCAAAGUGCUAAGAUUACAGGCGUGAGCCACCGUGCCCAGACUGUAAGUUUGUUUAUAAUAGUUAUUAACUAGAAACACCUUAAGUGCUCAAUAAUAGGGGGACUGAUUAAAUGAGCUGUGGUACAUACAUGUGAUAGAAUACCCUUUCUUUAACAGUGAUGUAGAGGAAUAUUUAUAGAUGUGGAAAGAUACUCAAUAUUUGUAAACUGAAAAAGCAGAUUGUAAAACAGUAUGGGUAGGUUGAUCCUUGUUUUUGCUUAUGGAGUGUGUGUGUGUGCAUGCAUGUAUAUGUGUGUGUGUGUACAAUGUUCUACAUAUUAUGUGGGAAAAUGCCAGGAAGACUAUAGGCCGAAUGUUAGGUGAUACUGUGUUUCGUGUGUUGAAAUUACAGUUGACUGUUACUCUUUUUACUUUCCUGAAUUUCCCACACAUAAAGCAUGCCAUGUGAUAAAGCAUGCCAUGUGGUAGAGCGUCUUGGAUCAGAUCCCGUUUCCCAUUUACUACUACUGGUUAUGUGAACUUGGGCAAGUUUUGUAUUUCCUUAUCUGUGAAAUGGGGAUAAUAAUAUCCAGCUCAUAGUGCCCACAUGUAAUAUUUAAUAAAUGUUACCUUGAUCUCACUGAUCUGAUAUGGUGAUUAAAGCCAGUAUUCUAUUCUUAGUAAUACAGAAUUUCCAAGCAGAAUAAUUGUGUUAUGUAAGUUUUAUCAAACUGUCAUGGAAAGCAUUUCAGGGCAUUCUGACAAACUAUUUUGUUGCUUCUGGUCAUUGAGAAAUAUUUUGUUGAGUUUUAUUUGCCUUAAAACUGAAAUGCUUUCCAUUGCCAAUACGUUUUAUUUUGAAUUGAAGGCAUUUUUCUUCUUCUGUUGUUGUCUUGAAUAGUCCUGUAUACAUUUUUGAAGGUCAGGGUCUGAUCUUUCUUUCCUUUUAUAGAGGAGUUAGAGUGGGAUGUGAGUCAUUAAAGUCACUGUUGAGUGCCUUUUCUUUGACAGGCACUAGGUAGACAUCAGAUUUGCAGCGGCGUCCUGGACAGACAUGUCUCUGCCCUGUGAAUGACAUAUGGAAGUGACCAGUGUGGUUCAAAGCCAGGAGGCCCACUCAAUAAAUAGAUGGUUACUACAGACUGAUUGCAUUGCACAGAUGAUGGAUGUUUACGUGUGUUUGAAACGAGCAUCCUGGAUGGUGGACAAUAAAAGAAUGAGGACUGCUUCAAAUUUCCAGUGGCUCUUAUCAACAUUUAUUCUUCUGUAUCUAAUGAAUCAAGUAAAUAGCCAGAAAAAGGGAGCUCCUCAUGAUUUGAAGUGUGUAACUAACAAUUUGCAGGUGUGGGACUGUUAUUGGAAAGCACCCUCUGGAACAGGCCGUGGUACUGAUUAUGAAGUUUGCAUUGAAAACAGGUCCCAUUCUUGUUAUCAACUAGAGAAAACAAAUAUUAAAAUUCCAGCUCUUUCACAUGGUGGUUAUGAAAUAACAAUAAAUUCUUUACAUGAUUUUGGAAGUUCUACAAGUAAAUUCACACUAAAUGAACAAAACGUUUCCUUAAUUCCAGAUACUCCAGAGAUCUUGAAUUUGUCUGCUGAUUUCUCAACCUCUAUAUUAUACCUGAAGUGGAAUGACAGGGGUUCAGUUUUUCCACACCACUCAAAUGUUAUCUGGGAAAUUAAAAUUCUACGUAAAGAGAGUAUGGAGCUCGUAAAAUUAGUGACCCACAACACAACUCUGAAUGGCAAAGAUACACUUCAUCACUGGAGUUGGGCCUCAGAUAUGCCCUUGGAGUGUGCCAUUCAUUUUGUGGAAAUUAGAUGCUACAUUGACAAUCUUCAUUUUUCUGGUCGCAAAGAGUGGAGUGACUGGAGCCCUGUGAAGAACAUUUCUUGGAUGCCUGAUUCUCAGACUAAGGUUUUUCCUCAAGAUAAAGUGAUACUUGUAGGCUCAGACAUAACAUUUUGUUGUGUAAGUCAAGAAAAAGUGUUAUCAGCACUGAUUGGCCAUACAAACUGCCCCUUGAUCCAUCUUGAUGGGGAAAAUGUUGCAAUCAAAAUUCAUAAUAUUUCUGUUUCUGCAAGUAGUGGAACAAAUGUGGUUUUUACAACCGAGGAUAACAUAUUUGGAACGGUUAUUUUUGCUGGAUAUCCACCAGAUACUCCUCAACAACUGAAUUGUGAGACACAUGAUUUAAAAGAAAUUCUAUGUAGUUGGAAUCCAGGAAGGGCGACAGCAUUGGUGGGCCCACGUGCUACAAGUUACACUUUACUUGAAAGUUUUUCAGGAAAAUAUGUUAGAUUUAAAAGAGCUGAAGCACCUACAAAUGAAAGCUAUCAAUUAUUCUUUCAAAUGCUUCCAAAUCAAGAAAUAUAUAAUUUUACUUUGAAUGCCCACAAUCCUCUGGGUCGAUCAGAAUCAACAAUUUUAGUUAAUAUAACUGAAAAAGUUUAUCCCCAUACUCCUACUUCAUUCAAAGUGAAGGAUAUUAAUUCAACAGCUGUUAAACUUUCUUGGCAUUUACCAGGCAACUUUGCAAAGAUUAAUUUUUUAUGUCAAAUUGAAAUUAAGAAAUCUAAUAGAGUACAAGAACAGCGGAAUGUCACAAUCAAAGGAGUAGAAAAUUCAAGUUAUCUUGUUGCUCUGGACAAGUUAAAUCCAUACACUGUAUAUACUUUUCGGAUUCGUUGUUCUACUGAAACUUUUUGGAAAUGGAGCAAAUGGAGCAAUAAAAAACAACAUUUAACCACAGAAGCCAUUCCUUCAAAGGGGCCUGACACUUGGAGAGAGUGGAGUUCUGAUGGAAAAAAUUUAAUAAUCUAUUGGAAGCCUUUACCCAUUAAUGAAGCUAAUGGAAAAAUACUUUCCUACAAUGUGUCAUGUUCAUCAGAUGAGGAAACACAGUCCCUUUCUGAAAUCCCUGAUCCUCAGCACAAAGCAGAGAUACAGCUUGAUAAGAAUGACUACAUCAUCAGCGUGGUGGCUAAAAAUUCUGUCGGCUCAUCACCACCUUCCAAAAUAGCGAGUAUGGAAAUUCCAAAUGAUGAUCUCAAAAUAGAGCAAGUUGUUGGGAUGGGAAAGGGCAUUCUCCUCACCUGGCAUUACGACCCCAACAUGACUUGUGACUACGUCAUUAAGUGGUGUAACUCGUCUCGGUCAGAACCAUGCCUUAUGGACUGGAGAAAAGUCCCCUCAAACAGCACUGAAACUGUAAUCGAAUCUGAUCAGUUUCGACCAGGUGUAAGAUAUAAUUUUUUCCUGUAUGGGUGCAAAAAUCAAGGAUAUCAAUUAUUACGCUCCAUGAUUGGAUAUAUAGAAGAAUUGGCUCCCACUGUUGCACCAAAUUUUACUGUUGAGGAUACUUCUGCAGAUUCGAUAUUAGUAAAAUGGGAAGACAUUCCUGUGGAAGAACUUAGAGGCUUUUUAAGAGGAUAUUUGUUUUACUUUGGAAAAGGAGAAAGAGACACAUCAAAGAUGAGGGUUUUAGAAUCAGGUCGUUCUGACAUAAAGGUUAAGAAUAUUACUGACAUAUCCCAGAAGACACUGAGAAUUGCUGACCUUCAAGGUAAAACAAGUUACCACCUGGUCUUGCGAGCCUAUACAGAUGGUGGAGUGGGCCCAGAGAAGAGUAUGUACGUGGUGACAAAGGAAAAUUCUGUGGGAUUAAUUAUUGCCAUUCUCAUCCCAGUGGCAGUGGCUGUCAUUGUUGGAGUGGUGACAAGUAUCCUUUGUUAUCGGAAACGAGAAUGGAUUAAAGAAACCUUCUACCCUGAUAUUCCAAAUCCAGAAAACUGUAAAGCGUUACAGUUUCAAAAGAGUGUCUGUGAGGGAAGCAGUGGUCUUAAGACAUUGGAAAUGAAUCCUUGUACCCCAAAUAAUGUUGAGGUUCUGGAAACUCGAUCAGCAUUUCCUAAAAUAGAAGAUACAGAAAUAAUUUCGCCAGUAGCUGAGCGUCCUGAAGAUCGCUCUGAUGCAGAGCCUGAAAACCAUGUGGUUGUGUCCUAUUGUCCACCCAUCAUUGAGGAAGAAAUACCAAACCCAGCAGCAGAUGAAGCUGGAGGGACUGCACAGGUCAUUUACAUUGAUGUUCAGUCGAUGUAUCAGCCUCAAGCAAAACCAGAAGAAGAACAAGAAAAUGACCCUGUAGGAGGGGCAGGCUAUAAACCACAGAUGCACCUCCCCAUUAAUUCUACUGUGGAAGAUAUAGCUGCAGAAGAGGACUUAGAGAAAACUGCAGGUUACAGACCUCAGGCCAAUGUAAAUACAUGGAAUUUAGUGUCUCCAGACUCUCCUAGAUCCAUAGACAGCAACAGUGAGAUUGUCUCAUUUGGAAGUCCAUGCUCCAUUAAUUCCCGACAAUUUUUGAUUCCUCCUAAAGAUGAAGACUCUCCUAAAUCUAAUGGAGGAGGGUGGUCCUUUACAAACUUUUUUCAGAACAAACCAAACGAUUAACAGUGUCAGCGUGUCACUUCAGUCGGCCAUCUCAAUAAGCUCUUAUUGCUAGUGUUGCUACAUCAGCACUGGGCAUUCUUGGAGGGAUCCUGUGAAAUAUUGUUAGGAGGUGAACUUCACUACAUGUUAAGUUACACUAAAAGUGUUCAUGUGCUUUUAAUGUAGUCUAAAAGCCAAAGUAUAGUGACUCAGAAUCCUCAAUCCACAAAACUCAAGAUUUGGAGCUCUUUGUGAUCAAACCAAAGUUUUCUCAUGUACUCUACCUUCAAGAAGCAUUUCAAGGCUAAUACCUACUUAUACGUACAUGUAAAACAAAUCCCGCCACAACUGUUUUCUGUUCUGUUGUUUGUGGUUUUCUCAUAUGUAUACUUGGUGGAAUUGCAAGUGGAUUUGCAGGCCAGGGAGAAAAUGUCCAAGUAACAGGUGAUGUUUAUUUGCCUGACGUUUACUCCUUUCUAGAUGAAAACCAAGCACAGAUUUAAAAACUUCUAAGAUUAUUCUCCUCUAUCCACAGCAUUCACAAAAAUAAUUUUUGAUGUAGCGACAGUGAUUUAGUGUUUUGUUUGAUAAAGUAUGCUGAUUUCUGUGCCUACUGUAUAAUGGUUAUCAAACAGUUGUCUCAGGGGUACAAACUUUGAAAACAAGUGUGACACUGACCAGCCCAAAUCAUAAUCAUGUUUUCUUGCUGUGAUAGGUUUUGCAAGCCUUUUCAUUAUUUUUUAGCUUUUAUGCUUGCUUCCAUUAUUUCAGUUGGUUGCCCUGAUAUUUAAGAUUUACAUUUCUAAGACUAUAGACCCAUGUUUCUUUUAAAUCAUUUUAUUUUGUGAUAGUGACAGCUUUAUAUGAACAAAUUCAAUAUUAUUCAUAAGCAUAUAAUUCCAGUGAUUUACUAUGUGAGAUGACUACUAAGCAAUAUCUAGCAGCAUUAGCUGUCUGUAUUCUGAUUGGGUUUCGUUCCUCCUGAGGAGACCAUGCCAUUGAGCCUGGCUACCCAGGCAGUGGUGAUCUUUGACACCUCCUAGUGGAUGUUCCUCCUGCUCGUGAGUCUUUUCAUCAUGCCAGAUUAUCUGAUCCAGUACUCACAUUUUUAAAUAUAAAACAGAGAAUGCUUCUUACAGGAACAGUUACCCAAGGGCUAUUUCUUAGUAACUGUCAUAAACCGAUCUGAAUCCACGGGCAUACCUGUGUUGCAGGUGUAGCAAUUGCUUGGUGAGCUGUGCAUAGUUGGGUGCCUUCAGCACAGCAUCCUCUGCCCACCCUUGUUUCUCAUAAGCGAUGUCUGGAGUGAUUGUGGUUCUUGGAAAAGCAGAAGGAAAAACUAAAAAGUGUAUGUUGUAUUUUCCUUGCCCUCAGGUUGCCUGUGUAUUUUACCUUUUCAUAGUUAAGGCAAAAGUACUUGAAAAUUUUAAGUGUCCAAAUAAGAUAUGCCUUUUUUGUUUGGUUUUUUGGUUUUUUGUUUUUUAUCAUCUGAGGUUCUGUAAUGUAUUUACAAAUAAUGGAUCAGUUAAUUUUUUUGAAGCUCAUAUUGUAUAUUUUUAAAAACCAUGUUGUGGAAAAAAGCCAGAGUGACAAGGGACAAAAUCUAUUUACGUUCUCUGUGUAUGAAUCCUGAUUUUAACUGCUAGGAUUCAGCUAAAUUUCUGAGCUUUAUGAUCUGUGGAAAUUUGGAGUGAAAUGCAAUUCAUUUUGUACAUACAUAGUAUAUUAAAACUAUAUAAUAGUUCAUAGAAAUGUUCAGUAAUGAAAAAUAUAUCCAAUCAGAGCCAUCCCUAAAUAGUGUUCUCUUGUCUUCCUUUGUAUCCUCUUUGGCUCCUUGCCUUAGCUUCCACCCCAGACAUGAGAUCUGGGGCUGCCUUCUCUCCCUGCCAAAUUUUGCUGUUACCAUAGUCUGCUUGCCCUCAACUCCUGCCUUGUUCCCUGUUGAAAUGUAUCAAUCCCAUACUUUAUCUCUCCAGGACAAGGAUAGGCGUUGGCUACAGUAAACAUUUAUUGCUCUAAACGACACUAACCUGAGAUAACCAGAAAAGACCAGAAGAGAUUGUUUGAUCUUUGUCUGUCAAUAUAUAUGCAUUUCAACUGUGACCAUCUGGAUCCAGGGCCCUUUCUAACCUAUAUAACGACUCAUUUGUUUGGCUAAUGAUGAAUAUCACUGGGCUCUUAAGUCCUUUCGUUCUCUGCAAGACUUCACUGUUUUUUCUGUAUGAAAAAAGUGCAGAAUAUCACUCACCUUUCCCCUACUUCUGGAGUUUCAUACACAAGGAUCACUAGCUUAAUGAGAAGCAGAGUAACACUAUUAAGUCUGGGCAAGCUCCUUGUAAGUUGCUGUAUGCUUAAAAGAGUGUGGUUUGUGUCUGAGGCCAAAGCGGUUUUCCUUGUUUUUCCUCAUUGAAUUGAAGACAGCUAGACCCUUGUGCAGAUCCCAGGAUAUUACCUCUCCUCCCACUCCACCUGUGUGUGUAGGGAGAGCAACAACACGGGAAGAGGAGAGGGAAGUGGGAAGGAGAGAUUAGUCGCAUGUCCAGUUGUCUGAGACACUGGUAAAUGUGCACUGUUUGUCAAUGCUGGUUGCAUGCCUGCAUUUACAAGGUGUUCUCAUACUGAUUGUGCUCUGUCCAGUUAGAUUUGUGGCUUCUCCCUUGGAAGCGACAAUUAAGGACUAGUUAGAGGCAGAGCUAGAUGUGUUCUCUCCAGCCCUUACUGACUGGGAAAAUAAUUGAGAAAUCCCUCUUUUCCUCUUCAGUGAAAGCCCAGUCAUUGGUUAGAAAAAUCUAUAUGUCAAACUAGCAUUAUGUUCCAUCAUAUCUGUGGGGUAGUAAUUCAUGUAAGACAUAUUUUUACCUCUCUUAUGAGUCAAUUCACUUACAAGCCAGUUUCAACUCAAGCUUCCCUUCCGAGGAAUGGAGGUCAUUAUGGGGCUCAUUUAUGAGUGACCAUUUUAAAUAAAUAAUAUUUAAUAUUACAUUAUUAAAGACUUAGCUAGACUUUUAACAUUAGAUGAACUCGUGAAUCAUAUAGUGCAUAGAUUAGCACAUGUGUGCAAUCUAGGUCAUCAGCUUGUUGAAUUUAUGCAGCCCUGGAUUUGAAACUGUGGCCCUGAGUGUCUGGAUAGUUGAGUUGUGUGUUUAUGUGCUUAUGUGAUAGAGGUGCUUUGUUCCUGCAGCCUAGAAACAGAAGCAGCCAUUCAUCGAGAAGUUUAAGAGAGGAAGUAUCAACCUCAUUUUCCAAACCAGCAUUACUUUCACGGCUCAUGGAUCUGAAAGAUUACAUUUAGAACAUUUAGUACUAUUACACUCUCAGAAACUGUGGUAAAAUGUCACAUUUUCAAAACUUCAUGCACAUUGUAUUCUUGUUGGAAAUAAGUCCUGUAGUUUCUUAAUUGUCUUCAUGCCGUCCAUAUUUAACAAACAUUACAAGUCCUUUUUGUAUUUGGGUAAUUAUUUGUAAUUUAAUGAAGGAGACCAGGGAAUGUUUUCUUCCAAAGGGAAUUUAAAAUCAAUUUUACGGUAUUUUGAAAGUAAAAUAUUCAUUAACAUGUCAAUAUUUUGAAAACAUUAUCUCAGAGUUUUCUAUCGCUCAGGUAUAUAAUCUGAUAAAAUUUUUUUGUUCUAAGGUUAUUUUUGCUAUUCUCUAUUUUGAAUUAUGUUAAAAUUUGUGUGCAUUUUAUGAAAUGCCUUUUUUCUUAUUUUGAAAGUGUAAAAUUGGGCAUCUCAGAGUAAAAGGGGGGAUUAUUAGCUACAAAAACUAGACACGUCGUGAAAGCUCAGUAACUAAUUUUCUUGACCGAGUCCUAUCCCAGAGUGUCACAGAUUCAACAGAAUUUUCCUGAAGGGCGAUACACAUCAAAAUCUAGGUUGUGUAGAUCUGAGACUAUUGACUCAAAGAUUCAAAUCUACUUUGGAAGUGACUGCAUGGUUUGAAUGAAAACUGAGGAAGGGCUCAUGCCUGUUAUCACUAGAUAUUUAUUUCUCCAUAAUUUUAAGUGUUCAUACUUCCUUCUUAUUUGAUGGGUAUGCAACUGGGGCAUGUUUGUACCAGCCAGCGUGUGUUCUGCCCAACAGUGUGUCCAUGUGUGAAGUUAACUAAUUCAGAACUCAUUCUCUUGAUAAACUUUUUCUUGAAAGCAUCUAUUUUAAGUCUUUAUUUCCUGCUGAAAUGAAGUUUCAUGCUGUCAUGCCCAUCUUAUUUAUUCUAGAAGAAAAUUUUCAUAGAAGAAAAUGAUUUAUGGCCAAAGUUACAGAACAUUCAUCUUUUAGACUUAGCCUUAGAAUAUCAUUGGAAAUUACUUGGCUUGAAUUUGGUUCAUUUAUAUCUUUAUGGAUUAUGUACCAGGGCCAUUAAUAACACUUAAACCCCUUAUUUUGCUAUGGUGGUUAGAUUUUUUAUUCCUUUUCAGUUAUGCUGUUAAUUAUUACAUGGUCACAUUCAUGCUUAUUACAGAUGAACUAUUUUUAGUGCCAAUGUAAAGGAUUAAGGAUAGCAUUCAAUUAGUUGGCUGAUAUGUCAGGCUUUAUUGUACAUGGUAAUGUUUCAGGGAGUGUGAUUUGGUCUAGAAUAUAUCCAGAUCCUUACGAUAUUGGGUUAUGACAGGAUUCUAUUAUUUUUAGCCAUGAAUGGUGCUUAUUUUUCCCUGUAUUAGGAAUGUUAAUAUUUGGAUUAUCAGAGUCCAUGUUAUAAACAGAAUUUAUCUAUGCAAGACAAAUUCUAACUGUGCAACAUUUUCAUGAGAAUUAAAAGUAGUGUGUUAAGGGGAAACUCUGAAUGUUUUUAUGUAUAAGUGCCUAGCUAAAGAACCAUAGAACAAUAAAUCAAAAGCUCUUAUAAAAGAAAAACUGACUGAACAUUAACCAGAAACAAAAUAUUAAUAAUUUACAUUAUUUUUUUGGUUGCUGGGACUGAAUACCCCAAAAACUAAGAGAUGUGAGUGGAGAAAAUGUCUACUUGAUAAGAAAAUUGAUUUAUAUUAUAUUUACGUGUGUCUUCUAAGAUUGCCUUUACAGUAGCCAAUCAGAACUUUAAAAAAAAAAAAAGCUAACAACAUAGAUCCUGUGUGUUGCACAUAUGACUAAAAUACUUUGCACACCAGAUUGAAUGACUCAAGUUGUUGAAUUUCCUUACACAUUUAAAGUGUACUUUCGUUUAGAAUUAUUCCAUUUUAAAUGGGUAACUUUCAACUUCUGAACUAUUUUCCUAAACAUUCCAGUAGUGUAUUAUAAAAGAUCAAAAUAUCUCUAGGUGGUAAUACAAUUUUCAUUUGUAACAUGGAAAAGUUAACUGUUAGGUUUAACAUUAGUGUUUUUGCAAUUGAUCAUAGAAAAGAACACUGAAUAAUGGUUUUCAUACAAUUUUUGUUAAACAUUCUUUUCCCAGUUUGAUUCCAAAUACUUUUUCCCAUUUUUUCUAAUAUAUCAUAAACUAGUGGUUCCUUCCAUUUAAUUUUUCCUUCCAACAUAGUAUUUAGGAAAAAUAUAAAUAACAUUGUGAGUAGCAGGAGACAACACGAAAAAAGAAGCCUUUCAUUGUUGCAGAGGUGUAGGUAUUAUGUGAUUGAUGCCCUUCCUGGCAUUUGUUUUAUCCUGUUAUUUUCUCAAAAAAGAGCAUGGCUUUUUCUUAAAUACAUUUUAAUUCAGAAUUGCUUGCAAAGAUUGGCCUAGAUAGAUAGACAUCCUAGAUUUAAAAUAGUACCACCUUAAAGGUAUGUUGAAAGGUAAAAUAAAUCAUUUCAAAAUACUUAACUUUCCCAGUAAGAAUGUUAAGUUUUCUUCUCUUUCAUUAGCUGGCCAUAAGUCAAGGUCCUUAUAACACUAGGAAAUUACCUGUUUUUACUUUCAAAAUUGCAUUAUAGUGAAUUACUGUUUACAAAAUACACAUACUGUGAACAGAUAUAAGUUUCUGUCUUUUAUAAGAUUGUUUGUAGAAUGAAUGUUUUUUUUAAGUGAGUAUUAUAUGUUAAAUAUUUUAAGUUUUUUAUAAAUACUAGUAACUGUUUACUAAUUUUUGUUUGGUCAAGUGCUUGUAAAUGUCGCUGAAAGAAGAUAGGGAGAAACUGCAGAUCCCCAACUGUUCCCUUUUUCAUUUCUUGAAAUGUUACCACUACAGAUACUUUUUUUUUUUUUUAAGGUAAAUGAUCAGUUGUGAUGUGCUGUACCUAAAAUCAUGUUUAAUUGUAUAAGGAAACGUUUAAAUACACAUAUACAGGAAGAAAACUGUAGACGAAGUAUGUGUGUGUGAUUCAGUCUGAUUCACAGAAUUCUGAGAGUAAUAUGGAAUAGAACAACUCCACUUAGAUGAUAACUGAAGCAUUUCCUGCCUUGUGAAAAUUUGGAUAUUAAAUUGCUGUUAGAAUGGGAAAUUUGGACACUUUAUAUCAUUGUAUAAUUUCAGAAUUUAGUUACUGUAUCUUUUGGAAAACAUGAUUAUAGCAAAAACAUAGAAAAUAAGUAAUCUAUUACUAAAACACCAUAAAUGUAAAACUAGUAUGCUUGGCUGUUAACUCUAAAGAUGUUACUUAUGUCUGUUUUUAAAACAUGCAUGUAUUUAACAAUUUUAUCAUAGUAUUGUCAUGGAAAAAAUAAAUAUAUUUUCUUACAUCUUA